AUGGCUCCAACGUUACAACAGUGCCCCGUCUGCUUUAACCACUAUAGAAGCACUCCAGACGGGAAAUUAUGUCGGCACGGAGGUAAAGUGAAAGGACAGGAAUGCUCGGGGUCCCGGAAAAAAGUUGGCGCGAGGGCUGCUUCGCCUCUCGGUGCCGCACCCGACCCCAAGCCUGGGUUGCCCACACGGUCGUCGGCCGCAUCGGUCUCCGGUGAUUCUCUCGGCCUGGAUUACUCUGGUGUUUUUGACAAGCUGACGGCCGUGCUGAAAUGUGUACCGGUGUACGACCAUAUCCCUAAGCCAUGCAGGGAGAAGUUCGCACAUGAUCUGAACGCCUUACUGACGGCUGUUUGUGAUGACCCUGGUGACCCGGCUCAAUGGGUUAGACUCCACUGUUUUGUCCCAUACGUCUUACAGAAGACUUCCAGAGGGGGUCGCCGGGUCAACCAGGGCAAUCUGGUCAACAAGCGUCUAAGCGAAUAUUCAGCUAUUGGUCUUGAAACCCUGGUACUGUGCUUUGAAGGGUUCAAUAAUGCCAAAUCACAAAAGCACAACCCCGAUCGGUGGAUCAACGCUGUGUCAUCUUGUAUUGAACAAGGAAACCCCUGUCCUCGGCUUUUGCCCAAAUUGAUGUACUUCCUGCGUACAUCUAAACACAUUAACCCUUCUAAAUUGGGCAAAUUUGACGGAGCCCUGCGCACCGCCCUGUUGUCGAUUUGCAAUGUUCAAGAACCAUCCGGCAUUUCUGCGCAUGAUAGUAGGCGCCCGGACGGAUGCACGCUAAUACCUUGGAGAGCCGGCAGAUGUUUGGCGUGGGAUGUUACGGUCCCUGGCACCCUCGCCGAACGAUACGUAAACCUGACAAGUAAAGAAUGCGGUUUGACCGCGGCCAGGGCAGCGGACGAGAAAAUGAAAAAUAUGGGAAUGCCCUCCCCUCAAUGGAAUUCUUGCCAAUAUGCAUCGAGGUUCUUGGCCCGAUGGAUCCCAACACCCUUAAAUUUCUUAAGGAAAUAUGCAAAAUGA